AUGUUGUACAAUGUAAGAGAGAAGGUGGCAUUGAGGACGAACGACACUCAGGCUUCAGCCUUGAGUGACUCUGUGACUGGCGAUGCCAUCACUUACCUGCAGGCUGCCAGACGAGAGGUACAGCUUGACGGGGCAGGGCAGAAGAAAUUAAUCAUCCGCUCCAAGAUCAUCACAUACAUAAGAAGUUUCUUGGAUGAGUUGGGAUUCUUAGAGAUUGAAACUCCCAUGAUGAACGUCAUCCCCGGGGGAGCAGUGGCCAAGCCUUUCAUCACCUACCACAAUGAGCUCGACAUGAAUUUAUACAUGAGAAUUUCUCCAGAACUCUACCAUAAGAUGCUGGUAGUUGGUGGCCUAGACCGGGUUUAUGAAAUCGGACGUCAGUUCCGGAACGAAGGAAUUGACCUGACUCACAACCCCGAGUUCACCACUUGUGAAUUCUACAUGGCCUACUCCGACUAUCAUGAUCUCAUGGAAAUCACAGAGAAGAUGGUUUCAGGGAUGGUGAAGCAUAUCACCGAUAGUUACAAGGUCACUUACCAUCCAGAGGGCCCAGAGGGUCCAGCCUAUGAGAUUGACUUCAGCCCACCCUUCCGAAGGAUCAGCAUGGUGGAUGAGCUGGAGAGAGCCCUGGGGGUCAAGCUGCCAGAAAGGAACCGCUUUAAGACAGAAGAAACUCGCAAAAUCCUUGAUGAUAUCUGCAUAGCUAAAAGUGUUGAAUGCCCCCCCCCUCGGACCACAGCCAGGCUCCUUGAUAAGCUUGUUGGUGAUUUCCUGGAAGUGACUUGCAUCAAUCCCACGUUCAUCUGUGACCACCCUCAGAUAAUGAGCCCUUUGGCCAAAUGGCACCGCUCUAAAGAGGGUCUGACGGAGCGCUUUGAGCUCUUUGUCAUGAAGAAGGAAAUAUGUAAUGCCUACACUGAGCUGAACGACCCUGUGCGGCAGCGGCAGCUCUUUGAAGAACAGGCCAAGGCCAAGGCUGCUGGUGAUGAUGAGGCCAUGUUCAUAGACGAGAACUUCUGUACUGCUCUGGAAUACGGCCUUCCUCCAACAGCUGGCUGGGGCAUGGGCAUCGACCGUGUCACCAUGUUCCUCACAGACUCCAAUAACAUUAAGGAAGUGCUUCUGUUUCCUGCCAUGAAACCCGAAGACAAGAAGGAGAACGUAGUCACUGGCGAGCCCCAGGCAAGCACCACUGUUGGCACUUCUGUCUAG